AUGAAGUUCUCCUUCUCCUGCGCCGUGCUCGCCGUGGCGCUCGCCAGCGCCGCCAUGGCUGCCCCGCUGCCGGCCGGCCCGGCUGCCGACGUGCUCUUUGAGCGCGGCACGCUCGUCAAGGGCCCUACGAUUGAUGCCGAUGGCAAGGUGACCCCCGGCUCCAUCACGCAAGUCGACGGCCCCGACCGUGUUGAGGCUCCCGAGGACCACCAGAAGCCGCCGUCGCCGCCGACCAUGUCCAUCCUGCCAGUCGCCUCCGCCACGCCCUCGCCGCCGCCCAAGCCCGAGGAGCCGGCGCCGAAGCCUGUUGCCAAGACCAAGGAGGAGAAGGAGCAGCUGGAGAAGAAGCUGAAGCAGGCGGCGAAGGAGCAGCUCAAGGUGGCCACGCAGAAGGCCGACGAGAAUGCUCACAAGGCCGAUGCCAAGGCCGAUGAGAAGGCCCACAAGGCCGACGCAAAGGCCGAGAAGGAGCACAAGGAUGCCAAGCACGACAAGGCCGAUGAGGCAGAGCCGGAUGCUGCACACGUCGAGGGCGGCAACCGCGGCCCCAACGGCGGCGCGGCGACCCUGUUCACGCCCGAUGCUUGA